AUGCCAUGUGUACAUUACAGAAAAACGGUUGAACUAUCGGCAUUUGCAAAUGCACGUUACCGCGUCGUACAUCGCCAAUUCGAUGCUGUUCGAAAAGACAGUGAAAGUGAUGACCUUGGUCAAUUAGACCUGGAUUGUGUUGAAUUUGAGCAAAUUUCCAUGAAGAAUGCCGUCUUUUCUUAUGCAACUUUGAACGGUGCCGUAUUUAAAAACUCAUGUUUCAGCGGUGCGAAAUUCAAAGGUAGUUCUCUCAAUUGUGUCAUCAUUGACAAAACAAAAGUGCAAGGAACAAAUUUCUCUAAUUCAAAAUUUAAAUGCAACAACGUCCAACAAUGUCAAUUUAACCAUAACAAUAUUAAAUCGACAACAAAAACAAGAAGUUCACUUCGUAAACGUGAUCAUGCCAGGUGGAACCAAGGUAACAUCGAUGAUAAAGAAAACAUCAAAAAACACCUGCAAGCACUACGGCUUAAUUAA